AUGCUCAAGGCAGGUGUGAAAGUUAUGAGCCGGACAGUUCGAAUCGGGGACACGGCUUUCGUACGCCGUGUGAUUACUCAGGAGGACGUUAAGGCGUUUGGUCCGCUGGUUGGGGACAAUAACCCCAUCCAUGUCGACGAAAGUGCGGCAAAGGCUGCCGGAUUUCCUUCUACUAUCGUGUACGGGAUGCUGGCCGGAUCUCUCUUUUCGGGACUGAUAGGCUCUGAGUUACCCGGGCCACAGUCUAUUUAUUUGAGCCAGACACUACGAUUUGUGGCACCGGUGUUUGUUGGAGACGAGGUGGAGGCGCGGGUGACGUUGACUCAAUUCAAGAAGAGCAAGUUCCUGCUCGCCUUUCGUACAACAGUAAACCGCAUUGAUCCAGAGACGGGGAAGGAGACGCCUUGUGUGGUGGGCACAGCAGUGGGGAUGAACAAGACUGUGAUAUUUGAAGGGGAGAGUGAGUGA